AAGGGCUAUUUAAAGCGGCGCGGGCUGGGAGCUGUGGGUCUCUGAGUGCUUGCACGUCUGCUCUGUAGUCUCUUAUUUCUCAGCCUAGCCCAGCCUCACCAUGGUGGACGUUUUCGUGGGCACCUGGAAGCUAGUGGACAGCAAAAAUUUCGAUGACUACAUGAAGUCAAUCGGUGUGGGUUUUGCUACCAGGCAGGUAGCCAACAUGACCAAGCCUACCACAAUCAUCGAAAUAAAUGGGGACACUAUCACCAUAAAAACACACAGCACCUUCAAGAACACAGAGAUCAGCUUCAAGCUGGGGGUAGAGUUCGACGAGACAACGGCAGAUGACAGGAAGGUCAAGUCCAUUGUGACGCUGGAUGGAGGCAAACUUGUCCAUGUGCAGAAGUGGAACGGGCAAGAGACAACACUUAUGCGGGAGCUAAUUGAUGGAAAACUCAUCCUGACACUCACCCAUGGCAGUGUAGUUAGCACUCGCACUUACGAGAAAGGGGCGUGACCUGCCUACUCCUUCACUGACUGCACCUCUGCCAACUGGCUACCUGUGGACUCAGCACCAGAUUGCCUCAUUUUUUCCUCUGGCAUUUUGUAUAAACCCACCUUGGUUGGGGGAAUUCUUCUGGACUCAGGUGGCACCAGCCUGGAUCCAGUUCCGGUUCCCAUUGUGUAUGUUUGUUUUUUAACUGCAUGCAAAGUGUGCUCUGAAGUCAAUAAAGCAGAGCUAAGACCA